AUUCAUUCAUGGACGAGAUUGGAGCGGGGAGUCGGAGCCGACCCGUGCUCCGCCGCCGCCGCCGCCGCUAUGGGUUUCCCCACCCCCUUCCUGCAGCUGAAGCCGAAGCAGCCUCCGGUCGGAGGAUAUCCGCGGUCGAGGAGGCACAUGCACCUGCGCUGCGCCCUCAACUCUGAGAAUCCUCCCAUGACUGUUUCCAUCACUGGAGCCACAGGUUUCAUUGGGCGCAGAUUGGUUCAGAAGCUUCUAUCGGAUGAUCACAAGGUUUUCGUCUUAACAAGGUCUGCCACCAAGGCCGCAUCAGUUUUUCCUGUUUCCACCUACCCCGGAGUCACAAUAGCCGAACAAGGAGAUUGGGAGGCAUGCGUGAGAGGCUCCUCUGCUGUUGUCAACUUGGCCGGCAUGCCCAUAAGCACAAAAUGGUCACCAGAGAUUAAACAGGAAAUUAAGCGGAGCCGGGUCAAUGUUACAUCAAAGGUGGUGAAAUACAUAAACCAUGCUGGAAAUGCUGAUGUUCAACCCUCAGUGUUUGUGAGUGCGACAGCCAUUGGCUACUAUGGUACCAGCGAAGUCCAUAGCUUUGAUGAAUCAAGUCCAUCUGGCAAUGACUACCUAGCAGAGGUGUGCAGAGAAUGGGAGGCCACAGCACGUCAAGUAAACCAGCAGGAUGUUAGACUUGUGCUUCUCCGGAUUGGGGUUGUUCUUGGCAAGGACGGUGGUGCUCUAGCAAAGAUGAUCCCUCUUUUUAUGAUGUUUGCCGGUGGUCCUCUUGGGACGGGACGCCAAUGGUUUUCUUGGAUUCAUCUAGACGACCUGGUGAACCUCAUCUACGAAUCUCUAAUUAACCCUGCGUACAAAGGGGACGUACGCCGCCGGCCGACACGAAGGACGAUGUCGACAGCGACGCCGGUGAUGGCGAGCUUUCUGCUGCUACUGCUGGUGGCGUCGACAGCGACGGCGCAUUUCCAGGUCGGCGACGUGGACGAGUACUGGACCAAGCGCGCGCAGGAGGCCCGCCUCAGAAACCGUGCCGCCGGGGCGGCGAUCAACGACCUCAUCUCCGGUGCCGCGCGCUUCCACGCGAACGUGGACGCGCGCGUGUACGGCCGGCGCUCCAACCUGCAGGAUGCCGGGGAGGCACCAGCCAAGCCGACCGAAGCACAAGGUGCCGCUGCCGCUCAAGGUGGUGGCGGUGGCCAUUGACCACCUUACCAGUAAAAUUGAUCGACCCAUUUUUUUUUCUAUUUCAUUUCAUUUCAUUUGAGGCUGCACGCAUCUAUGCCGAUCCGAUCCUUGUUGGAUUAUGUAUAUGUAUAUGUAUUUUUAAUAAUUACUGACCAUAUGUAAGCAUGCACACCGUCAUCCAGAUAUAUGUUUUAAUAUAUACAUAUAUAUAAUUUGUUC